AUGAGCAUGACACUUCGGUUUUGAAAUCGGAUCGUAAAGUUCUGAACACUCAACAGUUAAUACUCGUGUUUACUGAGUUGAACAUUCAACACUUCUGUUCAAGUGGUCACUGACUCUAGUCUUGUAGUACUUGGAACCUAUUUUUAUAUCAUGUGCGACGAAGUAAAAUUAUUUACUAGAGAUGAACUUAAAAGCCGCAACUCUCGUGAAGACGCGAUACUUAUCAUCCACAAUGGUGUAUAUGAUGUUACAAAGUUUCUAGAUGAGCAUCCCGGGGGUGAAGAGGUGCUCUUAGAACUGGCGGGACAAGACGCGACGGAGCCUUUCGAAGAUGUCAGCCACAGUUCCGACGCCAGAUCCCUGAUGAAGAAAUACAAAAUUGGUGAGUUGGUGGAAGCGGACCGCACGCAGGCGAAGGCGUCCUUCUCUCCGCAGUGGAACAACGACCAGCAACAGGAGCAGGGCAAUUCGUGGGGCUCGUGGAUGGUGCCGCUGCUGCUCGGCGUGGCGGCGACGCUGCUGUACCGAUACCUGUUCUUGUAGUCUCGGUUACGAUGGCUAUAGUAAUAUAUGUACAAACAUACUAUGCAGUAAAUUCAUAUAUUCGGAAACUCGACUCGGAAGAGUUUUCGGAUGUAUAGCCAAGUUUGAUUAAAUGUUAUUAUGCCCAUUACAGUGGUACAGUUGAAGCUUGAAAAUAUUUGUGCCUUAUUUUUUUUGUAAACUUUUUCUUUUGGACUUUAGUUGUGUUUUUUAUCCAAUGAUUGCAUUGAGCUAUUGUUUUUUAAAUAAUCGUUUAUUUUAAGACAAAAGUGGUGUCUCAAUAACCGGUUAACGGCCAAUGAUUUUAAAUUCAUAUAAUAGCGUCGGUUAUUUACAGCAAAUAUUGUAAUAUUAAAAUGAUUUUAAUUGACAAUUUAUUGUAAAUAUUUUUUUUACAUAAAUUUACCGGAUUAAAGCGACAUUCGAUCGUU